CUUCGAGUGGGUUCACCACAUCAGCCACCACUCUUGCUUCUGAGCACAGGGUGCUCUCCUCUGGAGCUCCACUUCUGCUUUUGCAGCUGAGCAUCCUUGCUCCUGCUGCCUGCCUGCCUGCCCACCCGUCUGGGCUUGCAGCCUGCCACUUUACUUUCUCCAGCCCCACUGCCAGCUGAGAAGUCUCCCUGCAGCUGCUGGUUUCUGCCUAGGACCAUGUGUGUGGAUGCUGCUUGGGAGAAGCAGGCACUUGCUCCUGGCACCGAUCCCAGCUGAGCUUCUCCUGUUGAUUUCGGGACCACUGAUGCUGCUGCUGAGGAGGUAUUUCCUGGCAUCCUUUCCUCUGCUACCGCCAGCUAAGGACCAGCCCAAAAGCGGGUGUCAGGAUGGGCCGCGCUGCGAGAAGCCGACGCUAGCGAGCGAGGUGUGAAGAGUUGGCCAGAAUGACCAACUCCUCCUCCACGUCCACCUCCUCCACCACCGGGGGGUCGCUGCUGCUGCUCUGCGAGGAAGAGGAGUCGUGGGCGGGCCGGCGCAUUCCCGUGUCCCUCCUGUACUCGGGCCUGGCCAUCGGGGGCACGCUGGCCAACGGCAUGGUCAUCUAUCUCGUGUCGUCCUUCCGAAAGCUGCAGACUACCAGCAACGCCUUCAUUGUGAACGGCUGCGCCGCCGACCUCAGCGUCUGCGCCCUCUGGAUGCCGCAGGAGGCGGUGCUCGGGCUCCUGCCCGCCGGCGCCGCGGAGCCCCCCGGGGACUGGGACGGCGCCGGGGGCAGCUACCGCUUGCUGAGGGGCGGGCUGCUAGGCCUUGGGCUGACUGUGUCCCUCUUGUCCCACUGCCUGGUGGCCCUGAACCGCUACCUGCUCAUCACCCGGGCGCCCGCUACCUACCAGGCGCUGUACCAGCGGCGCCACACGGCGGGCAUGCUGGCGCUGUCCUGGGCGCUCGCCUUGGGCCUCGUGCUGCUGCUCCCGCCCUGGGCGCCGCGCCCUGGCGCCACGCCACCGCGCGUCCACUACCCGGCGCUGCUGGCCGCCGCGGCGCUGCUGGCGCAGACCGCGCUGCUGCUGCACUGCUACCUGGGCAUCGUGCGCCGCGUGCGCGUCAGCGUCAAGCGGGUCAGCGUCCUUAACUUCCACCUGCUGCACCAGCUGCCCGGCUGCGCCGCCGCCGCCGCCGCCUUCCCCGGUGCUCCGCACGCGUCGGGCCCCGGGGGUGCGGCGCACCCGGCGCAGGCCCAGCCCCUGCCCCCCGCGCUGCACCCGCGGCGGGCGCAGCGGCGUCUCAGCGGCCUCUCGGUGCUGCUGCUCUGCUGCGUCUUCCUGCUGGCCACGCAGCCGCUGGUGUGGGUGAGCCUGGCCAGCGGCUUCUCGCUGCCCGUGCCCUGGGGCGUGCAGGCGGCCAGCUGGCUCCUGUGCUGCGCCCUGUCUGCGCUCAACCCGCUGCUCUACACGUGGAGGAACGAGGAAUUCCGCCGCUCCGUGCGCUCUGUCCUGCCCGGCGUCGGCGACGCGGCGGCCGCCGCCGCUGCCGCCACUGCCGUGCCCGCCGUGUCCCAGGCACAGCUGGGCACCCGCGCCGCCGGCCAGCACUGGUGACCCGGCCAGGGCCCGAGGGAAGCGGAGAUUCCGGCUUCCAACGUCCUUGGUCACUUACCAUCGCUUCCUGCCCUUGUGAAGUAUCCCCUGCCCGAACGAAGACUCCUGCCACGAAUCCCAGUAAAAUCGGUGCGAAGAUUUCCCCUUCGACCCCAGUGGGAUGCCUGAACCAAGGUCUCUCCCUAAAUGGGGUCCCCAAUGUCAUUUUUGGACGGCCACUUGAUUUUUACCCUUUGUUUCUGUGUUUUAGAGAAACCCUCAAGUCAAAACACUGGUCAAAUCCUAAAGUCAAAACUUCAAGAACUUGCGAACUGAC